AUGGUGUAUGAUUGGUCUGGCAAGCGGGAAAUCUGCUUCCAGAUGUACAUCCAGGAAAAGAAGGCGUUGGAGGAGAUCAUGGAGUAUAUGCGAACUGCCUAUCAGUUCGCGCCGAGCAAACGCGCGUUUCAAACCCAGUUCAAACGCUGGGGGUUCCCCUCGAAGCAGAACCCGGCACACAAGAAUGUUGAUCUCGUCGCGCGAGUCAAACAGCUUUGGGAGCGGAACACAAGCCAGCGGGAUAUGCUUCGCAUAUUGAAUGACGAGGGUUUCGAGAUCAAAGAAAGAGAAUUAAUGCGAGUUCGCGCAAAGAACCGUUGGUUGCUGCGGGUUCCCAACGGGAUGAAAUCACAGUCGAAUAUCGAGGCACGAACUGUUCCCCCGGAGGAUGAGGGGCUCCUUGCCUUACAGCAAGAGGUCUACAAGGUUUCAAGCCCACUGGAUGAUCCAAAUACGCUCCCUACACAGCCCGAUUCCUCCGCUCUUUCGCCAGAGGUCAUCGCAAAACGCCAAGAGCGACUAGACCGCCUGAAGUCGGAAAGUGCUGAACGUUGGGCGACGCGCAAACGACGACGACGUACUCGACGAUGGGGUGGGCUGCCUGCUGACCCUCCGGGGCCUCCACGCUUUCCGUCGGAGACAACUAUUGAUGAGAGCAAACAGUAUCUCAGUCUAGACACUACUAUGUACCGUCAAACUAGGGAUCAUUUCCAGCGCAUCUGUGAAGAAGCGGGCUUCAUAAAGAAAACAGCGGCCGGUCCGGAAAGAUGGCAAGCUGCCAAAGACAAAUUGAUCCAAGAAUCUCCGCACCUCCAACAGGUGUUCAACGCUGAUCCUACUCAACGCGAUGCCAAGGCCCUUGCCCUCGACGUCGUGUGUACCGACGUUACCAAGCGAAUGCGGACUCUAGAGAGACGCAUGACAAUGGCGGAGGCGAAGAAUGCUCUAGGGAUCAAUCCGGAGGAAAGCCGACAGAUUCGCAACGCGUUCUAUGACACCUUGAAGGUGGACCACUUCACAAGCAAGUUAGAGGCCGGCGAUGAACACUGGAGGGAACUCAAAGAGCAUUGGAUCUCAAAUACAGAGCUGCUUCAGCAAAUCCUGGCACCUGGGCCGGCCGACCCGGAGCAUGGCAAUAAAUUGAAGGCGCUAGAAGUCCUCUGUCGCGAUGUCAUGAAAAGACUUCGAGACGACCAAACGAAGCGAGACCCGGCACGCAAAAGGUCCUCUGCACGUUCCGAGUCUCGAACUCAAACCCCGACAGCUUCCUCUAUGGGCAGCAUGCUGAGCAACGAGAUUAGCAAUGGAAUCAGUACCCUUGCCUCUCAGGCGCUGGCCAGUGCACCCAUCACGGCUACUGAAAUUGGCGAUAUGCAGAUUGACCCUUCGCUGCUCCAGGCUGCCAAUGAUCCAUCUUUCUCAACUAAUCCACACCAUGAAAGCAAUGGCUUCGAAUAUGUGGAUCCCAUGCUCAGCUCCGCGCUACUACACACCCCAGUCUGGUUCCAGCUCGGUUCUUCGAGCCAGUCUCAAGAGUCGAUCCCAAAACCUUGGCUAGAAAAACUAGCUACACGGACAAUGGAAGAGCUCCGACAAUUGGUUGGCGCCAGGUAUCCCUAUUCCAUCAUCACCCACAUCGAGGGCAUUGACAGGGAUGAGGAAGGGAAUGAGCUUCGAUUCUCUGUCAAUGAUGAUCACGAACUGGAUGCAUACUUAACCCAUGUCCACGAAAGGAAGGCGUUGCUCAUUUUCACUUUGAGGCAGAUUUGA